UUAAUUUUUUUUUUAAAACGAACUUCUCCUCCCCCCCCCCCCCAAAAGACUUGGAAGAUCCAUCAUCUCUUUCGUCUCUGAAUCAAUCACCGUCGUCAAAAAAAAUUCAAGCCACUUGGGUUGUAAAUAAAAGGAAGAACAAAGAAGAGAGCACAAUUCAAGAUGACCAAGUACCAAAAUGUUGAAAAUAAUCAUGGAGGUAUUGACAAUGGAGUAAUCUUAGGGGUAGACGGUGGAGCCACUUCAACAGUAUGUGUUUGUCUCCCAUUUUUGCCUUUUUCCGAUUCAAAUCUCCCUGACCCAUUACCAAUUCUUUCCCGUGCUGUUGCUGGCUGCUCUAAUUUCAAUAGUAUUGGAGAAGAUGCAGCAAGGGAUACAUUAGAGCAUGUUAUAGAUGAAGCUCUUUCUCUGGCAUAUUUAAGUCGAGUAGCAGUUCGUGCUAUUUGUUUGGCAGUAUCAGGUGUUAACCAUCCUAAAGAUCAAGAGAAAGUUUUGAAUUGGAUGAGGAAAAUAUUCAGCAGCCCUGUGAAAUUUUCAGUAUACAAUGAUGCUGCAGCUGCACUUGCUAGUGGCACAAUGGGAAAACUUCAUGGUUGUGUUUUAAUUUCUGGAACAGGAAGCAUUUCUUAUGGUAUUACAGAAGAUGGAAAGGAAGCUCGCGCUGGUGGUGGUGGACCAGUUCUUGGUGAUUGGGGAAGUGGCUAUGGAAUUGCUGCUCGAGCUCUGACGGCAGUCCUGAGGGCACAGGAUGGCCGUGGUCCAAACACAAUGCUUUGCAAUAGUAUUUUGCAUACCCUUGGGCUAUCUUCUCCUGAUGAACUUAUUGGGUGGACAUAUGCAGAUCCUUCAUGGGCGCGUAUUGCUGCACUUGCACCUGUGGUGAUAACUUCUGCAGAAGCUGAUGAUGAGAUCGCAAACAAAAUUUUGGUGGAAGCAGUUGAAGAAUUGGCUACAUGUGUCAAAUCUGUUGUCCAGAGACUUCAUUUGUGUGGUCAAGAUAAAAAUGGCAUCUUUCCAGUUGUUUUGGUUGGUGGUAUCUUAGAAGCUAAUACGAAAUGGGAUAUAGCAAGAGAAACAAUUAAUUGCAUUAGACAAGAGUACCCGGGUGCUUAUCCCAUUAGACCAAAGUUUUAUUUUUAACAUGUUCAGGGAUAUUCUAAGGAAACACCCCUCAAAGUUGGUAUUAUUCAUGCUUCAUCAAAAGUUGUAUUAUUGUAGGGAAAUAAGCAAAAGGUUGUAUUAUUCCUAGUAAUUUUACUUUUAUUUUUUUGUGCGCUUGACAAUACAUUUUUUGUGUCGUACUUGCACUAAAUUCGGAAUUUUCCAGUUCUUUGUUUUCCCUAAUUGUUUGAAAUAAAUGUAUGAUUCAUUUGUCAAGCAAUACAUUCACUCAAGAUCAAGAUACCGAGUGGAUUAUGUUGGGCUUUCGUGAAGGCUUUAAAGAUCUGUUUUGAAAUUAUCUCACAACGAAGAUGAUUUUUUGGGGGAAGUUUUGCUGAUCUUUGAAACUAGGAGUUAUAUGAACUUAGAGGUUGUUUGUUUGGACAUAAAUUCUACAGGAGUUUUAAAUGCCUAAAAAAAGGCGGUAUGGAGUUUUUUUUGUUUAUCAAAAUAAUUAAAAACCAUAGGAAUUUGGGAUUUUCAGGAAGUAAAUUACUACACUGGGAAUUCACUACCAUACCCACUCCUUGUUUGUUUACAGCUUGAGUUAAAUUUCUAGGUUUAUAAUAACAAAGGAAAUAAAUUCCUCAAAAUUAGAACUUCUCAUGAAAAUUUACUUCCUACAUCAAACAAACGACCUCUUAGAUUUAGAAAGAAGUCCUUUCAAUUUUUUUUUGCCGUAUCAUCUUUAGGGAAAAAUGUUACACAAAUUCUUGUGUGAAACGGUCUUACCGUGAGACGUUCUCUAUACAUGGGCUGAAUAGCCCAAUCAACAUAAUUAUUAGCAUAUGGGUCCCUUGUUGCGAAAACAUAUAGGCUACAAAUUCUUGUGUUAGACGGUUUCACCGUGGAAAUAGUGUUGGAAGAAGUUAUAGGCUACAAUAUUUGCGGAUCUUUAUGUUUAAAGCGUGAAGUAUGAAUUACAGGUUGAACCUGCAGUUGGUGCAGCUUUGUUGGCGUUGAACCUCUUAUCAGCAAAAGGAAAUGCAAGUGAAAAUGGUCCAAAUGGAUGUACUGCUAAGUUUGUUAAUGGAGUGGAGAAUCAACAUGACAUCUGACAACUCAGAUGUAUCGGUAUCUUGUGAUAUUCUCAUUUAUGCAGGGGUGUUUGUUUGGGUCAUCGAUUCGGUUUAGGAUCAGGUGUUUUGAGUCUAGUUGUUUUUGUGUAUAGUGUAUAUGAGUUGGUAUGUUCAUACAAUUUCCCUUUAUGUUUGGGUUUGGUUCGAGUCGAUUUGAGCCAUUUUCUAAUCGGUUUAAUGCUGACCCAAUUGAACACUGCUAAUAUUCCUCAAAUAUCAAUUACUCUCAUUGCUCAUGUAUAGUGGUGCUAUUAGUACUCCCAUACCUCAAAAAUUAGAAUUAUGUGUACGUUGACUAUAAAAUGUUUCUUAAAAUGUAAAGGAGAAACGAGUUUGUAUUUUUA